GCAGCCAGCCCCGCCGCCACCGCCGCCGCGGGUCCCCGCGGGCCGGGCCGCGCCGCCGCCGCGGGGCGGGACCGCCCCCCACCGCCGGAGCUCGGCCACGCUCUCUUCCCUCCUGCUUCCUCACUGUGGUGGCUGGGCUAUUCCUCCCAUGACUCUCUGCGUCUAGACCUGGCUGUCCCGUGCCUUUGCCAAUCAAACCUGAACUUCCUCCUCUUAACAGUGCAGAGAGGGGCUCCUGCCCUUCUGGGUCACUUUUCCCCUCGCCUGACGCCAAGCCGCCUCCGCUUGUGCCUCCCUGUGCCCUCCACCCCACCCUGCCCGCCCUGGGCGCCCGGCACCCAUGGACGACUCGGAGGUGGAGUCGACCGCCAGCAUCCUUGCCUCUGUCAAGGAGCAGGAGGCGCAGUUCGAGAAGCUGACGCGGGCGCUCGAGGAGGAGCGGCGCCACGUCUCAGCCCAGCUGGAGCGAGUCCGGGUCUCCCCGCAGGACGCCGGCCCGGGCUUGGCCAACGGCACGCUGCCCCGGCGGCACCAGAACGGCCGUUUCUUGGGCGAUGCUGACCUGGAAAGGCAGAAAUACCAAGAUCUGAAGCUCAACGGGCCACAGGACCACAGCCACCUCUUGUACAGCACAAUCCCCAGGAUGCAGGACCCAGGCCAGAUUGUGGAGGAGACAUACACCAUGGAGGAGGACCCAGAAGGGGCCAUGUCAGUCGUGUCUGUGGAGACAUCAGACGAUGGGACAACCCGGCGUACAGAGACCACGGUGAAGAAAGUGGUGAAGACCGUGACCACGCGGACGGUGCAGCAGGUGCCGGUGGGGCCGGACGGGUUGCCUUUGGAAACCUCCCCCGUCACCAGCAACUAUGUCCAGACCAUGGACAGGAACUUCCGCAAGAACGGGAGCGGGGGCCCGGGCGGGUUCCUGAGCCAGCCGGGCACGGCCACGCUCCCUCGGAACUACCACUACCCCGACGGCUACGGCCGCCCCUACGAGGACGGGUACCCGGGCAGCGACCACAGCUACGGCAGCCUGUCCCGGGUCACCCGCAUCGACGAGCGCUACCGCCCUUCCAUGGACACCUACCGGGCCCCCAGCCGCCAGGACAUCUACGGCCCCCAGCCUCAAGUGCGCGUCGGGGGCAGCAACAUGGACCUCAACCACUUCCACCCCGAGCCGUACGGCCUGGAGGACGACCAGCGCAGCGUGGGCUUCGACGAUGCGGACUAUGGGCUCAUGUCCGACUACGGCACGGCCCGGCGGGCAGGGACCCCGUCCGAUCCCCGCCGGCGGCUCAGGAGUUACGAGGACAUGCUGGUGGAUGAGGUGGCCCCUGACCGGUACUACUGGGCGCCCCUGGCGCAGCACGAGCGCGGCAGCUUGGCCAGCCUGGACAGCCUGCGGAAGGGAGGCCCCGGCGCGGGGAGCUGGCGCCAGCCGGAGCUGCCGGAGGUGAUCGCCAUGCUCAGCUUCCGCCUUGACACCGUCAAGUCCAACGCGGCCGCCUACCUGCAGCACCUCUGCUACCGCAACGACAAGGUGAAGACGGAGGUGCGCAAGCUGAAGGGCAUUCCCGUGCUGGUGGGGUUGCUGGACCAUCCCAAGAAAGAGGUGCACUACGGUGCCUGCGGAGCCCUCAAGAACAUCUCCUUCGGCAAGGACCAAGACAAUAAGAUUGCCAUCAAGAACUGCGAUGGGGUGCCUGCUCUGGUUCGCCUGUUGCGGAAGGCCCAUGACAUGGACCUCACGGAGGUCAUCACGGGAACACUGUGGAACCUGUCCUCGCAUGACUCCAUCAAGAUGGCCAUCGUGGAUCAUGCACUACAUGCUCUGACCGAUGAGGUGGUGAUUCCCCGUUCAGGCUGGGAACGGGAGCCCAACGAGGACUCCAAACCCCGCCAUAUCGAGUGGGAGUCGGUGCUCACCAACACCGCUGGCUGCCUUAGAAACGUGAGCUCGGAGCGGAGCGAGGCCCGUCGGAAGCUGCGGGAGUGUGACGGGCUGGUGGAUGCCCUGAUCUACAUUGUCCAGUCUGAGAUCGGCCAGAAGGACUCAGACAGCAAGCUGGUGGAGAACUGCGUGUGCCUGCUGAGAAACUUGUCCUACCAAGUCCACCGUGAGAUCCCCCAUGCUGAGCGCUACCAGGAGACACCCCAGGCCCCUGCCAACAACGCCGGGCCCCACGCCGCGAGCUGCUUUGGUGCCAAGAAGGGCAAAGACGAGUGGUUCUCCAGAGGUAAAAAGCUCCCAGAAGACCCCGGUGCCGAUACAGUGGAUUUUCCCAAAAGAACGACUCCAGCCAAAGGCUACGAGCUCCUCUUCCAGCCAGAAGUGGUUCGGAUAUACAUCUCCCUGCUGAAGGAAAGCAAGACCCCAGCCAUCCUGGAGGCUUCGGCAGGAGCCAUUCAGAACCUGUGCGCUGGCAGCUGGACGUACGGGCGCUGCAUCCGCGCCGCCCUGCGCCAGGAGAAGGGGCUCUCAGCCAUCGCCGACCUCCUGAGCCACGACAGCGAGCGCGUGGUGAAGGCCGCGGCCGGAGCCCUGCGCAACCUGGCUGUGGACCUGCGCAACAAGGAGCUCAUAGGUAAACAUGCCAUCCCCAACCUAGUGAAGAACCUGCCCGGAGGCCAGCAGACCCCAGCCAAAAACCUCUCUGAGGAUGCAGUGGUGUCAGUCCUCAACACCAUCAAUGAAGUAAUUGUAGACAACCUUGAGGCUGCCAAGAAGCUGCGGGAAACUCAGGGGAUCGAGAAGUUGGUGCUGAUCAACAAAUCUGGGAACCGCUCCGAACGAGAGGUGCGAGCGGCCGCCCUGCUCUUGCAGACAAUCUGGGGAUAUAAAGAGCUGCGGAAGCCACUCGAGAAGGAAGGCUGGAAGAAGUCAGAUUUCCAGGUGAACCUGAGCAAUGCCUCUCGGACCCAGGGAGGCAACUCCUUUGAUGACAGCACCUUGCCUCUCAUUGACAGGAACCAAAAAACAGACAAGAAAUCCUCCCGGGAGGAGAUCCAGAUGAGCAACAUGGGACCAGACACCUAUUCCACACUCAAUGAGCGGGACCACAGCAGGACACUGGACCGAUCUGGUGACCUCGGAGAUACGGAGCCGGUGAAGGCAGCGCCCUCGAUGGAGGAGGCGAGAACUGGGCUGCCCCAACUAACACCCCCCAGCUCCAUCGGCCCUACUAACCCGGUGUGUCUGCAGCAGGAGGAGGGGCAGGACCCACAGCCUGAGGGAGAGGAGGUGCAGGAGGAUGCUCCCGUGCUCUCCCCCGUGUCGCAGAAGAUCUAGCUGUGACCUCCCCGCCUCCGCUCAGUCUGGGUUGAUAAUAUAUUAUAUAUAUAAAUAUAUAUAUAUAACUCUUUGUGGUGGAAUGGACCGACUUUGACCUUGUCUUAUUUCUGGAGUUUCUGCUGGACUGUUGGUGCCAACUCACCAGCCAAACGCCUGGGCCCAGGGGCAGCCCGGACUCUGCCUCCUCUGGGCCACUGCACCUCCCGUUCCGGGACACCUCGACCCCUUACUCUUCCUCCCUGUCCUCCACCACCUCCUUCCUCCAGCGUGAAUCCCUCCUGCCCGACUCUGCCGGAUCGACCGGCGUGGAUGCUGCAAACGAACUCCAGAUCUCUGCCUUGACCAGGAACUGCCUUCUCUCCCACACCUUCCCUCUGCUCAGAUGUCUGCAGGGACGGAGGCUGGGACCUCACGUGCCACCACCUUUUUGUUUUGGUUUUGUUGCCUAUAGGAUAUAUUUUUGUGCAGGAUCACUCUUCAACCAGGGCUGUGGGGACAACGGGAGCAUCCCUCCCUGGAGGCGGUGGGACCAGGGUGAGGGAGGCUGUGAGGGGAAGGAAAACCAGCAAUAACUUCUCUUGCUUUGCUCUAAACAAGGCUUCAGGGGCGUGGGAAGGAGGACCUGGCUCUGGUUCCUGCGGAGGGGUCUGCAUGUCGCCACUGGCCCCACUGCGUGAGGAGGGAUCCUUACAUGGGGAGAUGGUCAGUGCGAGGGGCUUGGGAUGAGCCUCCCCUGCACGGGAGGUGGUGGGUCCCUGUGGAAGGAGAUGUGGUGGGGCUCCUGUGGGGAGGCGGCCUCUUGGGUGUCCUGUGUGCCCGGGGUGAGGAGCGGGCGCUGGCGGGGCCGCCGCUGCCCUGCCUCCUCGUGACAUGUGCCUUUCUUUUGCCACUGUGAAAUAGCUCUUGGAAUCGUACUGUUGGCUUCGCUGGGGAAGGGUGUCGGGGCUCCUGGCAGAGCUGAGCUCUUCCCUUCCCCACCAGGAGCCUCAACUGGCUGCAGCGGGGCUGGAAGCCCGUUGCCGGGAUCCCAGCCCCACUGUCCUCACUGAGGGGGUGCAGGGCUCUCGUCUCCAUCCUCUUUUGGGAGACUGGGCUGCCUCAGGAGCUGGGGCAAACGCAUCCUCCUCUCUCCGUGGUGGAGGUGGCACAUCUCGGUGCCGCGAUCCUCGGGGGAGCCCUCGGGCUCCCUGCACAACUGGAAGCCUCUGCAGGAGGCUGCGAACUGGAGCAGGAGCCCCCGGAGGAGCCGCAGAGGCAGCGCUGGGGCCCUGCUCCUGCUGCGCCGCUGCCCCCCCCCAGCUCCAGCCCCGCUGCCCCCUGCCUGGCUCCAGCCCCCCCUCGGCUCCUUCGGUUUGUUCUGGGGUUUAACUCUUCCUUUAACGAUGUAAAACACUAAUUCCUUUUUUUAAUGUUUAAUUCCAAAUGAACCAAAAAGCAGCUCCCCCCGUGCGGGGGGGGCGGGGCCGGGGCCGCCCCUCCCCCCCGUGCACACUCUUGUAACGCUUUUCAAACAAGAUGAUUUUUUAUAUAAAUAAAGUUUUUAAAGUGUGUC